CAUUAUGCGAUCAAGCAUUUUUUUUUAGUGUGUGUGUGUUGUUGAAUUGUGAUCAGUUUAAUCUUUUAAGAAACCCAAUCCUGCUUAUUUGAUCUGCGCUUUUCUCUCCGUUAAAUUUGAUACUUCUCGCUCCCUUUUCUCCGCCGGCGUCCUUCAGUUUCUCCGGCUUCUAACUGACCCUAGCCCUGCUCCACCGUCACCGGCGUUAUUCUUCGUUGCCCAACCGAUUCUAGAGUAGAGAAGAAGCUUUUUGAUGGCGGACACGGAAAUGCAAGAGCAGGAUGUGCCGUCUGGUAAUGAUUCUGCUCCGGUUGAUACUACCAAAGCCGUAGAGGAGGAGGAGGAGGAGCGUUCAGGAACCGAGAAAGACCAAAAGUCUAUUGAAAAUCUCAAGUCCCCUGUCUUUGAGGAUAACACUCUUACUUUGGAAAGUGAUGUUCAUUUAUCUGAUGCUCCCGUUACUAAUCAAACUGAGGCUAACGAAGAGCUAGGUGGCCAGAACAUUGUUGAUGGCAAGAAUGGUGAUGUUGAUCAGUCUGAAAAUAAAAUUACGAGUGAAGGCGGUCAAGAAGAGGCAAAACUCGGGGAUUCAACUCCUCUGGAGGGGGAACCGUCGAGCUCUCAUGUUGCUGAUGAUGAAAGUGUUAAGAAAUGGAAGACAUGGUUGCUAAGUGAUUCUGAGGCCAGGGAGGUUGAUGAAGCAGGAACACCAGCGGAUCAAGAGGCGUUUAUUAAAGAAGUGGAGGCCUUUCACAAGGAGAAUUUUCUGGAAUUUAAAGCCCCUAAGUUUUAUGGGCAGCCCUUAAAUUGUCUCAAGCUUUGGAGAGCCGUCAUCAAGUUAGGUGGCUACGAUGUGGUCACCACAUCUAAGCUAUGGCGGCAAGUUGGAGAAUCCUUCCAUCCUCCGAAAACAUGCACUACAGUCUCCUGGACAUUCCGCAUUUUCUAUGAAAAGGCACUUUUGGAGUAUGAGAAGCAUCUAAGGCAAAAUGGUGACCUUAACCUUCCUGGUUCAGCUUUUCUUCCGUCUUCAGGCCUUGAAAAGGAGGCAAGUAGCCAUCAAGGUUCAGGGUCAGGUAGAGCUCGCAGAGAUGCUGCAGCUCGUGCUAUGCAAGGUUGGCAUUCUCAGCGCCUUCUUGGAUCUGGGGAGGUUACUGAACCUAUUAUUAAGGAUAAAAGCUUGAAUUCAACCCCCAAGCAAAAGAACCUUAAAAACAUUGGUUUGCAGAAACAAAAAACACCGACAGGCGCAGACGUUGUUUUUUCACAUGAAUCAGACAAACAGUCAACCGCCGAGGUUAUAGAUGUUGGACCCCCAGCAGACUGGGUGAAGAUAAAUGUCAGGGAAACUAAAGACUGCUUUGAGAUAUUUGCCCUGGUACCUGGACUUCUUCGCGAAGAGGUUCGGGUUCAAUCAGAUCCUGCAGGGCGGCUUGUUAUAGCAGGACAACCUGAGCAGCUGGACAACCCGUGGGGAAUAACACCUUUCAAAAAGGUUGUGAACUUUCCAGCAAGAAUCGAUCCACUGCACACGUCAGCAGUUGUGAGCCUGCACGGUCGACUGUUUGUGCGAGUCCCAUUUGAGCAAUGACCAGUCUCAUCUCAAGUGAGAGCUUGUUCUUUAGUUGUUACUUUUGGUGAAUUUCGACGACCUCUUUGGUUCUUCUAGGAAUUCGUUUGUAUCAGUACUAUAUCGUUAGCAAAUGUGAUAGUUUGACUGUAACUUGAGUUCUGAAGAUUAUAAAGUAGAGAAGCGAACAUUGAUGUUCCAUUGAUGUUAGUAGGAAAGCUGCUCCUGAUACUAAAGUCAAGGAUGCAACUAACAAUAACAGUUUGGUAUGAAUUUAGGAAGGUUAUGAUUUUCAAA